AACGAUGACCAGAACGAUAACCAGAACGACAACCAGGACAAUAACCAAAACGAUAACCAAAACGAUAACCAAAACGAUAACCAUAAAAAGGUACUGCCCAUUUUAAAAAAAAAUAAAGGUAAUGAAAAAAUAAAAAAAAAUGAUAUGAUCAACAUCGAACAAAAAAAUGAUAAAGGCAAAAAGAAAAAGAAAAGCGCAUCGGAAAAUAAAAAAUGUUCUGAUAAUCUUUUAAAAGAAAAUGAUAAAGAGAAAAAUUCUCCUGGGAAAAAAGAUAUGGAUUAUAUUAAAGAAGAUAGAAAAUAUUGUUUUAAUUUAUUGUAUGAAGAACAACCAUACAAAGCUUUGCUUAUAAAAAAUGACCUUGGUAUAAAUUCCUCGGAAGAAUUAGAAAAUGACAAUAAAAAGAAGCAAAAAGAAGUAUUAAAUGGUUUAGAAGAAUUAAAAGAAGAGAAGAAAGAAAGAAAAAAAAAAGAAGAAGAUAUAGAUGAAGUAGAUAUUUGUCAUUCUGGAGAAUAUGUAAAAGAUUCAACAUAUAUGAUAAAAAAUAGUUCUGUGAAUAAGAUACAAACGAAUAAUUCUACUCCAUCCAUUACUUCUAAUGAUGAUAAGAAAUCCUUUAUAAAUGAGAAGAAUAACGUGAACAAAUUAAUUAAAAAAAAAGAUGGUGAAAAAAAAAUGAAUUAUAUUAAUGAUACAAAGGGAGAUGUUAAAAAAGGAGAUAAGAAAGAAGAAAAAAAAGAAGAAAAAAAAGAUAUAAAAAGAGAAGUAAUAAUAAAAAGAGCAAAUAAUGAAAAUAUAAUAUAUGAUAUGUAUGAACAAGAAAAACCUUUAAAUAUCCCAAAGGAAAUAUUGAAUAUAACAUCUUUAUUAUCAUCUCCUAUAUUAACUACUUAUAAUAUAAAACCUAUAUGUCAGGUUAAAUUUAAUUAUGGAUAUAAUAAUACAAAACAAGGAUUAUAUAAUUAUUGUUAUUCAUAUUUAAUAAGAAUUCAUCAAGGUUUUGAUAUUUUUCCGAUGGAAGGUUUCAAGUUUAGAUCUAUUAUAAUUGACGGGGCAAAUGUAUGUGCAAAGGUUAUUAAUGAAAAGAGUUAUAAUUUUUUCGAUAAAAAUUUAACAACAGUAUAUGAUUGUUCUUUAUUAAAUGAGGUCUACUUAUAUUUUAAGAAAAAAAAUGUACAAGACAUUGUAAUAGUUCUAAAUUCUGUCACGAAGAAAGGGAAUGAAUACUUUCUGAGAAAUAAAAAACUGUUUAACUAUUCAUGUCUAGAAAAUUUAAUUAAAUUGAAUGUUAUACUUAUUAGUAAUGAAAAAUAUUAUCAAAGCGAGAAAUGGGGG